AUGCCGCAAAGAAGAAGGAAUCAAGUUCAGGAAGAAGAAAAGCGUGAAAUUAUGCCACCACCACCCCCACCCCAAGAAAGGAGAAUAGAAGAAAUCUUCCUAUGCCAAAACCCACCAGUUUUUGAUGGAAAAGGUGAUCCUGCAGUAACUGAGGAAUGGAUUCGGUCAAUGGAAAGGAUUUUUCGAUUGUUACGCUGUAACGACCAGGAACGAAUCAUGUGUAUGUCCUAUCAGCUUAAGGGCUCAACCGAUUUCUGGUGGAAGGCAAAACAAAAGACAAUGACACCUGGGCAAUUGGAGAAACUUACGUGGGAAGAAUUCAAAACUGCACUUUGUGAGAAGUAUAUUCCACGAAGUUACAGGAGAAAGAAAGAGAUGGAAUUUGUUAAUCUUCGACAAGGAAAGAAGACGGUGGCGGAGUAUGAUAGAGAAUUUUAUGACCUGGCUAGAUACGCACCAUACCGAGUGGAUUCGGAUGAGAAAAUGUCCGAAUUAUUCUGUGCGGCACUUCGCCAAGAAAUAAGAAUUGUGUUAGCAAGUCAGCAUGCCUUGACUUAUGCUGAAGCUCUAAACCGAGCAUUGGAUAUGGAGUUGGCAAUGCAGCCAGAACGACCCACCGCUGGCUCCCAACCCUCGGAAACCCCCAACUCUUAG